AUGAAGGAAGAAACAGAAAAUAAUCUUUUUAAACGACAGGAUCUGUUUGUAUUUGUCCGCCAGACUAUGUGCAUUGCGGCCAUGUACCCGUUUGGAUAUUACUUCAAUUUUUCUGGAAUAUUUUCAGGGCUGAUAAGAGUCCUGGAUGUACUGUACGAGCUUUUCAACUACUUUGUGUCUGUGCAUAUAGCUGCUUUGUUCAUGUGCACUAUAUAUCUAAACUACGGAAAAGGAGACCUCGACUUCUUUGUAAACUGUUUGAUUCAGACCAUCAUUUAUUCGUGGAUGAUAGCCAUGAAACUAUACUUUCGACGCUUUAGACCUGCAUUGCUAGACGAAAUUAUGAAAUAUAUCAAUGAAAAAUAUGAACCAAGAUCGGCCAUUGGAUUUAGUUAUGUGACUAUGGACGGAUCUUAUAGGAUGUCUAGGUUGUGGAUUAAAACCUAUGUGUAUUGCUGCUACAUUGGUACUAUCUUUUGGUUAGCACUGCCUAUAGCUUACAGGGAUAAGAGCCUGCCCCUGGCUUGUUGGUAUCCUUUCGAUUAUACGGAACCUGGGGUUUAUGAGGUAGUAUUCCUUCUACAGGCUGUGGGCCAGAUUCAGGUAGCGGCUACCUUUGCAUCAUCAAGUGGCUUGCACAUGAUAUUUUGUAUCCUAAUGUCAGGACAAUACGACGUCCUUUUCUGCAGCUUGAAGAAUGUUUUGGCCACCAGUUACGUGAGAAUGGGAGUCAGUCUGUCAGAAAUGAGACAAUUCGAAGCUGAGCAAUCGGUUUCCGAUGCCGAACCAAGUCAGUACACCUUCUCUUUGGAGCUACAGAGUCCCCUCGAGCAGCUUUUACAAGAGAAUCCGAAAUCUGAUGACUCUCCAGAUUUUUCCAGGGCUUUCCGGGAUAGCUUUAUACGAUGCGUUUACCAUCAUCGGUACAUUAUAUCCGUACUAAAGAAAAUGGAGCAAUUCUACAGCCCGAUUUGGUUUUUGAAAAUCGGCGAGGUAACUUUUCUCAUGUGUCUGGUGGCCUUUGUUUCGACAAAGAGUACCACCGCGAAUUCCUUUAUGCGAAUGGUUUCUUUGGGCCAGUAUUUGAUCCUUGUGCUUUACGAGCUGUUUGUCAUUUGCUACUUUGCGGAAAUUGUCUACCAGAAUAGUCAACGAUGUGGCGAGGCCCUCUGGAGGAGUCCCUGGCAGAGGCACUCGCGGGAGGUGCGAAGUUAUUACAUGUUCUUUAUGUUGAACUCCCGUAAACAAUUCCAGUUGACCGCUGGAAAAAUAACUAACCUAAAUUUGGAACGUUUUCGAGGGACCAUCACUACAGCCUUCUCUUUUCUAACAUUACUGCAAAAGAUGGACGCACGAGGCUAA